CCCAGGCUGAACGAUCGCUAGAAUCCAGACCAAAUACAGAAUCGAUAAUCCAAAAUCAUGGCCAUCAUCUCGAUCAAAGCCGGAAGAUGCAAGCGAAGGGGCGAGACCAACUGGGUGGACCCUCAGCCCGCAAAGGGACGCAUCGAAAUUCAGGAAGCGGAUGGUCUCCUUACGUUUUACUGGAAGAGCAGAGAAGGCGGAAGUAUGGCUGAGGACGAUGAGCUUAUCAUCUUCCCUGGAGACUGUACAUUCGAGAAGGUCGAUUCAGAUCUGUCAGGAAGGACCCAUGUGUUGAAGUUUUCGAGCUCGGACAGUCGGGAUUUUUUCUGGUUCCAGGAGGCUUCUACAUCUAGGGACGAGACGGACGCAUUCAAUAUUAAUUCGCUAUUGCAAGACCCGAACUUUGCUCCCAUUCCUUACCUUGACGAUCCCGCUCCUGAUGCUGGUCUUGCCAAGGCGGCUGGGAGUGCCAUGUCCGCUCUCCCACCUCAAACUCCCGCCCACUCCCUGACGACCUCCUCGAAUCCCGUCAUGCCCGAGGCCCCCCGCCCGCAACGUAUCGCUGACUUUCAAGGUCGAGCAAGCGAUACCGUACCCGCUACUCCUGGACCGAGUGGUACAGCUGCUACAGCGGCUUCCGCUCAGCCAGAUCAGCCUUUCAGUCAAGAGCAGAUUAGCGCUUUGGCGAGGAUGCUGCAGCAGAGCGUGCAAAACGCUGGAGCCGAACAGGUUCACGAAGACGCCCACUUGACCGACAUUCUUACUCCAGCAAACCUCAUUCCCAUUCUCACUUCAUCGCCAAAUUUCAUCCACUCAUUGAUCCCCCAUCUCCCCUCGGACCUUCCUCUUUCCUCUCCUCCCACCCAAUCUGAGAUCCAAUCCAUUAUCGCGUCGGCUCAAUGGUCAGAAGCCGUUAGUGGGUUCGACGCCGCUUUGCGAACCGGUGCGCUUACGGGCACCAUGGGCAGUCUUGGCAUGAGCGAGCGGGCCGGUCGAGGGGUUGGAGAGUUCUUGGAAGAAGUCAUCAGGAAAGGCAAGGAAGACGAUGAUGCAGCGGGGCAGGGUGGUGACAAGAUGGAUACCGAUUGAAGCGGCUAUACGAGUGAUCGCUGUCCUAUUUUACGAUGACCUGUUUGUAGCAUGCAUGGUUGUGUAUAUAUUGUGUUGUGAUUCGGUACCAUAUACGAUCUUCCGGAUGAUGGACGGAAACCUAGCAGAAGACUUGUUUCAAGCGUUCCACAAGUGGACUGACUGAGGCCUUGGCUUCCUCAGAAGUC